AUGGGCUGGGCUCUGCCUGGGCUGGGCUCUGCCCCGGAAUUCCAAGGCUUUGCACUGUGUCCUGGCCUGCAGGGCUGUGACAAACAGUUCUUCAACGCUUCGCUGCAGUUCGAAAACAUGGACCAUCUGCUGGACUUCAUCAACAGUAAUACAUCCAAGCUCGGCAUCACUGUGGAGUACGCCACGCUGGCCGAAUACUUCGGUGCCUUGCACGCUGCCAAUGUCACCUGGCACGUCCGCGAUCACCAAGACUUCCUGCCCUAUUCCUCAGGUCCAUUUCAGGCCUGGACCGGCUUCUACACGUCCCGCAGCAGGCUCAAGAGGCUGGCAAGGCGAGCCAGCGCUCUGUUGUACGCCGGGGAGUCCAUGUUCACACGCUCCAUGUGGCCGGCCCCCCACCAGCACCUGGACCUGGACUGGGCCCUGAAACAGCUCCAGCAGCUCCGCUGGGCGGUCUCCGAGGUGCAGCACCACCAUGCCAUCACUGGGACUGAGACCCCCAAGGUGAGAGACAUGUACGUGAAGAAUCUGAGGUCAGGGAUGCAGGGUGUGCAUGAACUGAUGGCCUCCAUCGUCCAGGAUAGGACCCCUGCCUUCACAGACCCAGGAGCUGGGGGACACGUUGCCGUGGUCUACAACCCCCUGGCCUGGACGGUCACCACACUUGUUACCUUGACUGUGGGCUUCUCCAGGGUCAACGUCACAGAUGAGUCCGGCCGGCCAGUGGCUGCACAGGUCCAGGAAUCAAAGGAGAAGCACCCUGCUUACAACUUGCAUGUGCUGACCACAAUCCCAGGCCUCGGUUAUCGACACUACAGCAUCACGCGCACCCAGGGGACCCAAGAAGACACCAAGCAAUUGGGUACCAGUCUGGCUAGAACCUCCAACUUUGGCCGCAAGACAGAGACACAUGCUGGUCCACGGGGCAGGCACCUAAUUCGUGUGGAGAAUGACUGUUACACUUUGUUCCUUGACCGGGACACUAACUUGAUGCACAGCAUCUUGGAGAGAGAGAGUAACCGCACAGUGCGUGUGACCCAGGAGUUCAUGGAGUACCGUGUCAACGGUAAUUUGAGAUAUGGCCCUAUAUCUGAUAACAUUGUGUUUGUCCCCACCGACACUGCGAAGCGCCCAUGGAAAAGCGUGGGGAUGCAGAUUGUGGCAGGAAAGCUCAUGACGGAGAUCCGGCAGUUCUUCUACAGGAAGGUGAGGGACAGGAAUCACACAUAUGCCAUCUACUCGCGGCUCGCCCACGUGCCAGUCGGCCAUGGUGGGGAGCUGCUCUGCCGUCGAAUCGAGCAGGAGUACCGGGUGGGCCCCUUGGAGCUGAACUGCGAGGCCAUCCUGAGGACCAGCACCAGUCUCCACAACCGACAGGUCCUCUACUCGGACAGUAACGGCUACCAGAUGCAGCGGAGACUCUUCCGGGAACACACGAGCAACAGCAUCGCUCGGAAUUACUACCCCAUGGUUCAGUCCGCCUUCAUCGAGGACGGCCGAAGCAGGCUGGUGCUGCUGUCUGAGCAGGCACAUGGCGUCUCCAGCCAAGGGAACGGGCAGGUGGAGGUCAUGCUCCAUCGCCGGCUGUGGAACAACUUCGACUGGGCUCUGGAAUACGACCUCACACUGAACGACACCUCUGUUGUCCAGCCUGUGUUCUGGUUCCUGUUGGGACCCCGGCCGCUCACCACGGGCCUGCGCCGGAGGAGUGGGCUGGCGCUGCAGCACGCACCUGUAGUGGUGUUAAGAGAGCUGAAUGAGACUGCCCAGAAUCUCCCAGGCCCCCAGCAGCAAGAAGCCGUGACCCUGCCCCCAAGUCUUCACCUGCAGAUCCUGAGCAUCCCAGGCUGGAACUACAGCUCCAACCACACAGAGCACCUGCAGAACCUCCAGAAAGGCCAUCGAGGGAAGGCCAAGGUGGACCUCCGCCGUGUCCUGCUGAGGCUCCACCACCUGUAUGAGGUGGGGGAGGAUCCAGUCCUGUCUCAGCCAGUGAGUGUGAACCUGGAGGUCGUGCUGCAGGGGCUGGGGUCCGUGGUGGCGGUGGAGGAGCGCUCGCUCACAGGGACCUGGGAUGUGAGCACGCUGCACCGCUGGAGCUGGAGGACACAGGAUCGUCCCCACCGCAGAGACAGCUCCAGCUCUCACUCGGCACCCCCGCAAGGCACCAAGGUCACCAUCUACCCAAAGGAAAUCCGGACAUUCUUCAUCCACUUUCGUAGCAGUGAGCCCUUGGCCGACCCUGUGACUUCAGAGAGACCCCAGGGACCCCAGGAAAAGGAACGGGACCCAGGACAUGGAAAAGCAGCGUGGAGGGAUGAGGGGAGACCAGCUGCCCACCCGAUAGGCUAA